AUGGGAGCUCAUCAGCUCAGCACGACGCCCAACGGUUCAGCGGAAGUGGACAGCGGCCAAGAAGAUGCAGGCGGAGAUGACGUCACGGAGGAGACUGACAGUCGGAAGAAAAAGCACCGGCGCAACCGCACGACCUUCACCACCUACCAGCUGCACGAACUGGAGCGAGCAUUCGAGAAAUCGCACUACCCGGACGUGUACAGCCGUGAAGAGCUGGCCUUGAAGAUCAAUUUGCCGGAAGUAAGAGUGCAGGUAUGGUUCCAGAAUAGGCGAGCAAAGUGGCGACGUCACGAGAAAGUGGAAUGCGCCAAGCUUACUGAAAAUCUUCCUAUUCCCUCGACGCCCACCACAGGACAGUAUGUUCCGUCACUUCCGCUUGACCCCUGGCUGACCCCGCCGAUCAGUGCAGGUCAUUCAGCCUUUCCUCCGUCUGUCACACUGCAGUCUAUCGUCGGGCCCGUUCUGACCACACAAGCUGUGACGUCAUAUCCGGAUUUCUUGGCCUCGUCAGUCAACAUGGCGUCAGCACCGCUUACUUCCGGUCUCAGCUCCCUGGCGGGAGUCUUUAACCCGACACUCAUCAAACAACAGGUUGACGGCAUUUGCAGCAAUAAGUCCUCAAGCAUCGCAUCACUUAGAGUGAAGGCCAAAGAGCAUUUGGAAAAAUUCUCAUCCAGUGCCGUUUGACGCUAGGCCAUUGGCUUUGCAAGUAUGAAAGUGGUCGGACAUUUCGAUCACAUAAACAGAACUAAAAAAAAAACCAGUUUGAUAUUUACAUAAAACAAAGCAAUCAAGGUAACCAAUUGUCUAAAUAGUUUUUAGUUCACCUAAUUUUAAUUCAGCCUCAACAUGCUGACAGUUGCUGAAAGGUUUAGGAGGAAUGAGUAUGAUACAGGUAACUCGACAGUUGGUAGGACUAAAAUCUUUGAAUCAUAAUUAAGUAUUUAGCAUUUCUGAGUGCUAAUGUGCCCCAAUUACUGUGUCAAUUAAUUUAGCGACCCCUAGAAAAAUUGAAUCUUUUUAAAUGCGAAAUUUAUGUCAAAGCUAAAAAAAUUCUUCAACAAUAGAAAUCAGUCCUUUCAUGCUUCCAUACAUUUGAGAAUUCCUUUAGUCGUCCCAUCAAAUGUGCUUAGUUACAUAUUUAGUGCUUUGUGCCAAGAAUGUGUGUAACUGUUCAUUGAUGUGCAUAAUAUUUGGUUUAAUUAGGCACCACUUGUUAUAAAUAAAGUUAUAUCAAAAACCUCCAGGUCAUCUUUACGACCAACAUCGUACUGUCCUAAACAUUUACAAGCAUAACAGUCUUUUCUGAAUACUGUUAUUAAUUUCGUUUAU